UCAGAGUGAGACCUCUGUGCGUCGCCCGUCGCUGAUAAUCAGAUCCGCAUGAAGCUGCUGUUUCUCGGCUGCCGCUUCUUUUUCGUCGGUGAAGUUUGGAGGAAAAAAAGAAGCGGAAAAUUAAAACUUUUCACUUUCCGGUUUUUAACUUCACUCGCCGCGGAGCUCUGACGGGAGAACAGCGGGACUGCGGGGAGCAGGAGUCCGGCGUGGACCAGUCCGAGCCGCCGCCGCCGGAUCCGAGCCCAGCGAACAUUUUCUUCUGCUUUGACCCGAGAUGGAAGCGGAAAACCCGCCCCGGGUUUGUGUGAGUGAGAUAACGACGUGAUUGAGAGGAAAACAAACUGUUUUUAAUGUCGUCCAAGAUGGCUGCCAGUGAGAAGAAAGUUUCCCCGCAGGAUUUAAACGUGGAGAAGUUGCGACACAGGAGGCGUCAGGAGACGAUCGGCUGACGAUCAAAGAGUCGGACAUCGUUUACUUUUCCUUCGUCUGGAUGUCUUUUACCCACGAUACCCUCUUCCCGCCCGGAUCACGUCACAGAUCGCAGUCAAUGUCGGCCGACAACAGCCCGCCGCCACUGCCGGCCUCGCCGGCCUCGCCGCGGUCCCUACCUGCCCUCUCUCAGCACUUUGCUCCGCCCACUCCGUCGCCCUCGCCCAGCCCGCCCACCACCCUCUGCAGCCGCCUGUCCAACGGCAGCCAGACGGCUCCGACCGCGCCGAGCCCCACCCACUCGCGGGGGUCGGUCCACGGCGGCGUUUCCUUCCUGCUUCAGAUCGGACUCACCCGGGAGACGGUGACCCUUGACCCAGGAGAUCACUCGCUGUCGGCCGUCAGGGAGCUCGUCUGCUCCGUCGUGGAUCAGAAGUUUCCUGAAUGCGGAUUCUUUGGGAUGUACGACAAGAUCCUGCUCUUCCGGCACGACCUGAACUCAGACAACAUCCUGCAGCGGCUGACGUCGGCAGAGGAGAUCCAUGAGGGCGACCUGGUUGAGGUGGUUUUGUCUGCUCUGGCCACAGCUGAAGACUUCCAGAUCCGACCUCACACGCUGUACGUUCACUCGUACAAGGCCCCAGCGUUCUGCGAUGACUGUGGGGAGAUGCUGUGGGGACUCGUCCGACAAGGCCUCAAGUGUGAAGGAUGUGGACUGAACUACCACAAACGAUGUGCGUUUAAGAUCCCCAACAACUGCAGCGGCGUUAAGAAGAGGAGGCUGUCCAACGUGUCCCUUUCGGGCGCCGUCCUGUCCGUCAAUCGUCCUCCUUCUACUGAGUUCAGCCCGGUACCACAGGAGGAGCUGCGCCCCCUGCUGGGUGCUGUGAAGCGCAACUCCCUGCUCAGUGGACGUCCCAUCUGGAUGGAGAAGAUGGUGCUGGGACGAGUCAAAGUCCCCCACACCUUCUCCGUCCACACGUACACUCGUCCCACCAUCUGUCAGUUCUGCAAACGUCUGCUGAAAGGACUUUUCCGACAGGGGAUGCAGUGCAAAGAUUGUAAAUUUAACUGUCAUAAGAGAUGUGCGGCCAAAGUUCCUCGCGACUGCCUCGGCGAGGUGGACUUUAAUGGGGAGCCGGCCAGUCCCAGUCUGGACUCUGAGGCGACGAUGGAGGUGGACACGUGUGACACGUGUGACACAUGUGACGUCAGCAGUGAUGGAGGUCAGAGCAUGGACGAGCAGGACGAGUCGUCCACGCCCGAGGACAAGCUCUUCUUCAUCGAGGGUCCGUGUGCGGACGGCGAGAGAGAUGACGAGACGCUGCGGGCUGUCAGCCCGUCCACCAGUACCAACAUCCCUCUGAUGAGAGUGGUUCAGUCCAUCAAACACACCAAGAGGAAAAGCUCCACGGUGGUGAAGGAGGGAUGGAUGGUGCACUACACCAGCCACGACAACCUGAGGAAGAGACAUUACUGGAGACUGGACACCAAGAGUCUGACUCUGUUUCAGAAUGAAAGUGGAGCCAAGUUUUACAAGGAGAUCCCGCUCUCCGAGAUCCUGCAGGUGGAGCCGGCGCAGGACUUCGGCCGCCUGCCGCAGGGCAGCAGACCGCACUGUUUCGAGGUGACCACGGCGAGUGUGGUGUACUACGGCGGUGAGGACGGCGGUGGCGUCGGACUGCACCACAACCCCGUUCUGGCCGCGUCCGGGGUGGGGCGGGACGUGGGACAGAGCUGGGAGAAGGCGAUCCGACAGGCGCUGAUGCCCGUGACGCCAAAGGCCAGUGUGGGCACCGGACCAGGCAAGGACCACAAAGAAAUUUCCAUGAGCAUAUCAGUGUCCAACUCCCAGAUCCAAGAGAACGUGGACAUCAGCUCAGUCUAUCAGAUCUUCGCUGACGAGGUUCUCGGCUCGGGACAGUUUGGGAUCGUGUACGGAGGGAAACACAGGAAGAGCGGCAGAGACGUCGCCAUCAAGAUCAUCGACAAGAUGAGGUUCCCCACCAAACAGGAGAGUCAGCUGAGGAACGAGGUGGCCAUCCUGCAGAACCUGCAUCACCCCGGCAUCGUGAACCUGGAGUGCAUGUUCGAGACGCCGGAGCAGGUGUUUGUCGUCAUGGAGAAGCUGCACGGCGACAUGUUGGAGAUGAUUCUGUCGAGCGAGCGGAGCCGUCUACCCGAGCGCCUCACCAAGUUCCUGGUCACGCAGAUCCUCGUCGCUCUCCGACAUCUUCACUUCAAGAACAUCGUCCACUGCGACCUGAAGCCCGAGAACGUCCUGCUGGCCUCGGCGGAACCGUUCCCUCAGGUGAAACUCUGCGACUUCGGCUUCGCUCGGAUCAUCGGGGAGAAGUCUUUCCGCCGCUCGGUGGUCGGCACGCCGGCGUACCUGGCGCCGGAGGUUCUCCGCAGCAAGGGCUACAACCGCUCGCUGGACAUGUGGUCGGUGGGCGUCAUCAUCUACGUCAGUCUGAGCGGGACGUUCCCCUUCAACGAGGACGAGGACAUCAACGACCAGAUCCAGAACGCCGCCUUCAUGUACCCGCCAAACCCGUGGAAGGAGAUCUCGGAGCAGGCCACAGAUCUGAUCAACAACCUGCUGCAGGUGAAGAUGAGGAAGCGCUACAGCGUGGACAAAUCGCUGAGUCAUCCCUGGCUACAGGACUAUCAGACCUGGCUGGACCUGCGCGAGUUUGAGACGCGGCGAGGCGAGCGCUACAUCACCCACGAGAGCGACGACGCCCGCUGGGAGGAGCACGCCGACGAGCGCGGCCUCUACUGCCCCAGACACUUCAUCAUGUCCCCGAACCUGGACGACAUGGACGAGGACCCCUAGUGGCCACAAGCGGCAGAGUCCGAGGACAGAGGCCUGUUGUCAACUGUUGCCGUGGAGACGGUGUGGUAACCACAGCGCCGUGGUCAGUGAGCUCCGGGCGGGAAACUGUCGUAAGGAAAUCAGGUCCAUUUUGUUUUUUGAGUUCUUCUACAACUGUGAAGUGAAAUGUGAGUAAAUAAAUGUUCAGUCUCUGUCAAAAACUGAGACGCGAGAGACUGAAAUAAACCCAGA